AUGGGCCGCCCAAAGGUACUCCCCGCAAACCGCCUGCGCGCCAAUACUGCAUGUACUGCGUGCCGCGCUUCCAAGAAGCGAUGCAGCGGCAGCUUUCCCUGCUCCAAUUGCAUUCACAAAGGUCGCGCCCGUUCCUGUAUUCCAUUCAAGUCCAUACCCGACUCGCCUGUCCGCACGCGACCGUCGGCUAGCGUAAAUGUCGCUGAGAAUCUGGAUGUAAACUGGGAGAAUUUGCCUGCCGAACCCCAGACUCCUCUCAUAUCGCCCCAUAAUGAUUUCGCAGAUCCGCAACGGGAGCAUGCCCUGGGGGUUGGGUCACGGUCGCCUGAGGCAACCCAUCGGACGCACGCUCGUAUGCUACUCAAUUUGCAAGGGGAGAGAGUUUAUGUUGGAAAAGCUGCUUCGAUCUCUUUCCUCCAGCUCCUGCGAGACACCGUCACACAACAUAUCGGGCCCUCGCAGUUUUCGCAUAACCUCAGAAGCGAGGAUAUGCUCGAGGCUAAGGCCCACCAUGAUCCAUCCAAUUUUGAUGAGGACAGCUGUAGCUUGGAUGACAAGCGUCGGUACAUUCAAGUCUUCUAUGCGGUGACCAGCGGGUUCAUAUAUCUAGGCUGCAACACCGAGGCUCUUUUGGCAGAUACGUCGGACCCUCAAACGGAUCGGGAGAAAACUCGAGCUGCGAUUCGAGACUUAAUGAUCGCCAUCGGAGCCCAGUCAUGUCCCAAUGAGCCCGAGACGGUUCAACUCGAGCGCUUCUUUUUUACCCGCGGCCAACGCAGGACGUUCGCAAAUCUCCUUGAAGACCCCAGCAUGGACCUGGUGCGGGCUUUUCUACUCAUGUCAUUCUAUAUGUUUGGGGCAUGUCGUCGGAAUGCAGCCUUUAUGUACUUGGGCGUAGCGGCCCGGUCGGCUGUAGCACUUGGGCUCCAUGCAGACUCGUCGGGGGCUUUGAGUCUUACCGAGAAGGACGAAAGAUCAAGACUCUGGAUGAGUCUCUGCGUGAUCGAUCUCCUAGCGAGUUCAAUUCUCGGCCGACCCGCGGCCACGGCGGCUCUCCUCCCAGAGGAUCGGAGCGAACUUUGUCGAAUACCAAGAGCAACUGCCGAGACUGGAUUAGUCGCUUCAUACCAGUUAUCCCUCAUUCUAGAGGAAAUAAUCAGCAGAUUGUAUAGCGAGAAAGCCGCCUCAACUGACACUGCAGAUUUCCUCUUGGAAAAGCUGAACCACUGGAGUGAACGGCUACCAAACUCGCUCCGCACACCGUGCGAGACUGAAGAUUCCGGUGCAGCGCAGGAGCGCAUAAUUGGCAAUAUGCAUGUAGCUUGCUUCUAUCAUUUUGCUGUAAUCCUCGUCACUCGUCCAUUUCUGAUAUCUACCCUGAACGCCCGGCUGGCCCGGGCUCAUCAUGGUCUCUCCACGAAUCAGACAGGGGUAGAUACGCCAGAGAACCCAGCGCAUUCGCGCUUAGCAGUUGCAUGUAUCGACUCGGCUAUUUAUAUGCUACAGACCUGCUUAGAAGUACACCAGUCGGAAUUACUUCAUCGGAACAUGGGGAUUCUCAAGGCAUUUGUAUUCGCGGCAGCACUGGUUCUUGGAUUCUCCAUGUUCUGCCAUGGCGAUGUCGACAGCGAAAUUGACAGUGCAUUUGCAGGCGCUAUAUCUAUUCUCCGGAUGCUUGCUCAGCAAUCUGCCCAGGCGGCCCACUAUCUCGAGAUUCUGACGAUGUUAGAGGUCGCUGUGACACAGCAGCGGCAAAGACAAGCCGCUCAAGCGCGGCAGCGGCGCAGUCGAUACGUUAAUCGGAUCUUCAGUUUGCACGAGAGCCCGUCGACACCACGGAUGCAGAGCAAUGAUGAUAGCCGAACCGACGCGACCCCACUGAACACAGGCGGUCCGUUCUACCCGUGGAUUCCGCAGGAGGAUGGACCAGUGACUCCACCAGUGAUAGAUGGAGCGUUCCUGGAUUGGGAGGGCAUGGAGCUGCCACUGUGGGAUAGCUUCCCAUUUACAGAGCCGGGGUCAUCCGUUUUAUAA